UUGAAAUUAAUCAAGAAGAAAAUGAAGAAUAAUUUAUUGCUGUUGCAUUUUAAAUUAACACCUGUAAUGGCUGUGAAACCGGCUAAAGAGAAGGAAGCUGAAAAUGAAAUGUCAAACACUGAUUUCAUCUGUGAAGCAGUGCGAUUAAAAGUUCAGCAUGAUUUCUUACAAAAAUCUGUACAGUCCAUUCUCAAUAACAUGAAAAUAAUUGAUAGGGAUGUUGCUACUGAGUUACAAGCAUAUGUCAGUGGAAGGGAAACGAAAAGGCUGGAAGAUUUGGAAGCAUUUCAGAAUUCCUUGCUAGCAGCUAUGGACACUUUGGUCCAACUUAAGUUUGAUAUCAGCACUGAAGACAGAAUACGAAGUAUUGAUCUCAGUCAUUUCCGAACAGCUUUGCUUGAAUUGGAGAAACAGCUUACCAGACUCAAGGAGCACACUGAUAAAGAGUUAGAAUGCUUGGUUGAGGAAGAGAAGAAACUUUGGAAUGAACUGCAGGAUGCAGAUUUGAAGAUCGACGAAUGGUCCAAACCUCUUGAUAUACCACAUGUGCAUGCUGCAUCUAAAGUCUCAUCUAUGUUAAGCAUACCAGGGAGUGGAGUGCAACCAGAGGUUCGAGCAUUUCACAAGUUUCUGGCUAAAACGGGCGGACAUUCUGGAGGUUGGGAUGAAGAUGAUCAUUUGGCAUUUCUGAGGAUACGUACGAAACAUCAAGGAAAGCAAGCAUUCAUGGAAGAAGUGCAUGACUUAAUGCCAGAUAUUUCAAGAGAGGAUAUUAUGAAACAUGAGGAAUGGUACUGCCAAUAUGAAAAACUUAGAAACGAACAAAGACAAGCAAUUGAAAUGUGGCGUAAUGAAAAGUCACAGAGAUCUUCACAAAAAUGUAUUGAGCAACCACCUCAGCCUCAGAUACUACAUAGAAACCCAGAGGAUGCUGCUGAUAAAAAGCAGAAGAUAGAAGAAUGGAAGAAAGCAAAAGAACUUCAACAGCAGUUAGACGAAGAGAGGAAGAGGGUGGAGAAGGAGAGACAGCUUCAAGAAUGGAAAAGAAAGAAGGAAAGACAGGCUCAACAAAAAGCAAAAAUUGAGCAACAGAAAGAAGAAAGAGUGGAAAAACAGAGAGAAGCAGUUCUUGAACGGCAGUUACGGGAGUUGUUUGAAAUAGAACAACGGGCAGCAGUAGCUAACAAGAUGCUCAAAGCUUUCAGGCAGCAAGACCAAGAAUACGUGUUGCGUCACUUGAGUUGGAAACAGCGAGAGAGGGACCGCAAAGAAGAUUGUAUUGAGAGGCAGGAGAGGCUGAAGCGUCAGGUAUCAGUGAGUGCAGAACGUGACCCACAACGUCUGCUGACACUGACAGAGGGCUGGCGCAAUCGACUUGCCUGCAAGGACCUGGACCGCCCUCCAAAAAGUGCACCACCUUUACACCUCCGCAACAUGCCACAUUUGGCUGUUCCAAGCUGGAGGAAAACACUGCAGUGAAGACUAGUGCAACUGAAGAUGUUGCUGGUGUUGCAAGUUCUUCCUCAAGUAAAGACCACCUGCAAUGACAUUUCAUCUGAAAUAUUUUUGUAAUGUGAUAAGUUAUUAGUGCAUGUGAUGAAGACAAUAUCCAGUGCACAUUCAAUUGUUUUUGUGCAGUUGCUGCAAUAUAUGAUACUCAAGCAAAUUGUUUGAGUCAAUGUGUGAUAUUUGUGUUCAGUAGUGUGUUUUGUGUAAAAGCCAACUCACUCCAUAUUUGUAAUAGUUUAAUGUCCUAUUUAUACUUUCAUAAAUCUGUUUCAAAUGA